AUUAUUUGACAUCUUUUUGGAAAAGAGCAUUAUUUAAGCUUAAUAUUCCAGAUUUUUCACCAGAAGAGGUUACAGAAGUUGCAAAUGAAACGGGUGAAUUUUAUGUUGUAUUGUUGAAUGGUCAAAAAUACAUGUUCAGGCUUGAAGAAACUAGAUCAGUUAGAGCUUUGAAGAUCGCGUUGAUGAAAAAGACUAGCAUUGAAAGCUUAUGGGAGGUUAUGGAAGCUGGUGUUGAAUCUAACGGAAAUGCUAAAAAUUAUGAUCCCAUUAAAAGAAAAAUUCUAGAUUUAGAAAAAAGCAUGAA